UUAUUUUAAUUCUCAUAUUUUAAAGACUUUUAUUAUGAAAGUAGUACCAACAUAAUUUUUUACUUCUGAAAUAUAGUGCAACAAAAAAUACCUACAAAAUAAUAAAAUUAAUGUUAAAUUCAUAAAACUAAUAAGCAUUUGAUCGGGUCGUUCCGAAACGUUCCGCAAGGUGUACAAUAAUUUAAAGUUUCAUAAAUUCAAUGUCAAUGUCAUCCUAAUCCGUCAAGUGAAAAGAUAAACUUGCAGGUCGAUGUACUUUAAAGCUCUUUAGAAGUAGAAACGUAAAUAAAAAGAUUAUGUAUAGAAUUUAAGAUGAAUAACUACAAAAAUAAAAUAAGUUACGACAGUCCUUGUGACUCAGAUAAUGAUUGGACUAAUUCAUCAGACGAUUCGAAAUAUUCGGAUUCCGAAAGUUCUGUACCCGAAUGGGAUUCAGAUGUCAGUGAAGAUGGCGAGUUGGUGUACAUAAAAACAAAAAUAAAUAAUGAAACAACUGACGAAACUAAACCACCGUUGUUGGAAAGUUGUGAAACGUUUAAACUAAGAAAUAACUUUAAAAGAUCAUCCACUAGACGGUCUACGAAAGGGAGAAUAUUUAAGGUGUUAAAAGCGCACAAAUCUAAAAAUCCAGACACAGGAAGUAAAAGAGAACAUGAGGGGCUACCUGCAGCCAGUAUUAAUAAGAAUAAGUUUAAUGGUGAUAAGUUUAUUAUUAUUCAGGUCAGCAAGAACAUGAUAUUUAGCAGUGAAAAGAACUGCCAACUAGAAAAACUUUUUGGUUUAAGCUUAGAAACACAUGCAGAUGGCAAGACUUUAGUAGUUGCAGAUUUCUUAACAGAGGCCAAACUUAUUUACACUCCAAAAAUAAAGAAAGGCUAUUAUUUAUCAAAAAUAAAUGGUGUUGAGGUCAAUUCUUACAACAUAAAUAAUAUUCUACAAAGAAUAAUUGAAGAUCAUAACAGUCCAAGGCUUACAUUUCAAAUGCCAACUGAAGGAAGCUACAUAGAUUUAGAAAGAUUACUCAAACUAAAAAAUGCUCCAGAAAAUUCAUUGACACAGUUAUUGAAAGACUCACUCUGCUCAGUAUUAUAUUUAUGCUGUAAUGAUAUAGAAUACAACAGCAAUGAUGACAAAGGAGUAUUGUAUUGCUAUCCAAGACCUUUCAAUCAAAACUUUUUGUACAACACAAGAGGAGCUUAUGUCACUCUUAAUCAUUUAGCCCCUAAAUCUUUAGGUACUAGUGAACCUACAAACUCCACAGUACUUCAUAACAAUACUCUUAUUAACAUAACUUAUACGUCACAUUACAAUGACCUGCUGUUAACAGCAUUUCCUAACAAGCAGGUUGAUUUGUUUGCUGCAAAAAAGGUUAUUGCUGAUAUUGUGAGAUUGUUGGAGUUUUUGUAUGGUUCUUUAAAGGCUUGCUUCACUAAGCCUAAUAAUGUUGAUAAGUUAGAUAGUUUGUUCUCGCGUAUUUUUGUUACUUUGAUUAUCAAUAAUAAAGGGAGUAAAGAGGAUGGAAGUAAGAAUGUUGGUUUGUAUCUAGAAGAUACAUUAGCAGCUCAUUCUGUGACUUUGCCUCUGGAAGUUAAAGUCCAAGUUGAUGAUGCUAUUGCUGAGCUUGAAUCAGCUGACUAUCGUGAAUGGACUGACGACAUAGAAAAUUUCCAAAGACUGUACACUGUAAUUGGUGCCUGCUUGUACUACUCUGGACAUUUAUUAAGCUCGCACUUACAAGAUGAAGAUUUAAAAGAAAUCAAUGCAUAUUUACGGUUAAAUGGUGUACUAAAACUAAGUACAGACAAAGAAUUGGAAAAGCUCGUUAUGUGGAAAGAAGUGUUCAUUCAUGAACAUAGAAACCAGAAUAAGAAUGAAGGGAAUGAGUAUAGGGUAUUAGAUGGGCGCUGGUUCCUUCUAACUGUUGGCAAGGGUCACUUCAUAUUAUCUACUCUCAUGGAAGCUGGCGGCUGUACAGAAGAUGCUGUUGGAAUAACCCCACCAUCGCCGUUUUAUGUUGAAGAAUGCGAGAGUUGUUUGGAAUUACUGUAUGAUGUUGGUCUCCAUAAAUAUUUAGGCACGUGGUUCUGCUCAAACACACAGCCGCAGGUAGAGACCUCACCUGAAUAUCUGACAAAAUAUGGAAGGAAAAUAAGAGAUACAAAUACUCUUCGUCCAGACUCUACUCUCAAGACAUCAACACUAAAACUAACAAAAUCACUCUCAGAGAAGCGACGUCACAACUCCUCAGAACAGAUCAACGUUGGCUCUUCCAACAGUGACAUGAACUCUCUCACGAACUACGGAAGCCACCACAGUCUAUACGUCCACACGUAUAACACUCAGAAGUAUAGGAACUCGAGUCUCGAUGUCAGUUAUUCCGAAGAUUCUAAUAGUUUGAAGAGUAAUAGCGAAGUAAGUGAAGAACGCGUGCAAGGCAGAAGAGCGGAUAGAGAGCAAAGGAAUCGACGUGAUUCCUCUGGGUCAGACUCAGAUUGGGAACGACUGGAUGGGAGUAGAGCAAGCGGCAGUAUGGAUAUGUCUGAUAUCAGAAAGUCUUUAUUAAAUGAAAUGAAUCACGUUACGACACACCGAAUAACAGCAGGAGAAGAAAACGUUUUAUUCCAUUUUGUGCAAUUGGAAUCGGAGAAAGGGAUGCUAAUAGCUCCCGUAAAGAAUAUCGAAAUGCAAGCGAAUAAUGUACUCUAUUCAUACAUCCUGAAAACUUUUAGAUCGGCUUGUAAACAGAUACAUGAUUUGCUGCAACAUAGUAUAAGAUUUAAGAAGAAUCAUGCACCAUCUAAUCCAUUGAACAAAAUCCUUGUGGCCGUCAAAGAACACGGCAUGCUAUUCCAAGCACCCCUCGAAACUUUGAGCCAAUGUGGUGUGAACAAGAAGAAUACUGAACCUUAUCUGUUUUGGGUUGUUGGACGCGUGUUUAGCGAUCCUGAGCCAAGAGAGUUAUAUUUGUGCUAUCAUGAAUCUGUACCUCAAGAUCUCACUGAAGUGGCUUAUUUGCUCUCUUAUUUAGAAUAAUUAAUUUUAUUUACAAAAAAAGAAAACAAUUCUGUUUCUGUUUUUAUACAAGAACUCUAUAUUUUAUAUUAUUUUACUGAAAUCCGUCCAAUGAAAUCCGUCUUGAAAUGAUCAAUAUAAAUUUUGAAGUUA